AUGUCAUCUCACUGUGAAUCUUCAUUCCCCGCUCUUGAUUGUAAUUAUUUUUCUUCGUAUAACCUUAUUGUUGCUUGUGUUGGUGUCGGCAAUGUAGCCCAACUUGCUUGUGAUCUUUUAAUCUAUAACUUAGGUUGUGAUGUUAUUAGUAGUUUAAAUUUUGAGUACUGCCCAUCCGUAGUCGGUAUCAAUCCUUACCGAUUGCCUGGAGAUGUGCAUGGUUUGAUGACAACUUCACAGAUUUAUGCUAAUCCCGAACUUCAGCUAGCUGUGUUACAAAUUCGAGCCCCUCCUUCACCGGUUCCAAACGAAAGCAUGUCAAGGAGCUUUAGCUUUGCGACUAUUCUUAAAGAUGAGGAGCUAAACUCAGCACCACUGCAGUAUGCUUUGUCGUCGUCGUUCUGCGCUUCUGAUCGUAAACGCUUUGAUGAACUGGAUUGGUAUCCCCUUAAGAAGUACAGUGACCACCUAGAUUGUCAACUAUCUGUUGUUUAUUAUUUACCUGGGUGUGGAAUUGCAAGUUAUUUAUUUGAAGAAUUACUCAAACAUGAAGAGAUAUCUGCUUGUCUGUUAAAUCUUUUUACAUCUGAAGGCGAUAACAGUGGCGAUGCACUUUAUGUUGUGCAGCAUUUGAAUAACUGGUUACAAUUCAAAGCACAACACGGAGUUAAAGACAUAAGUUUUCAAUGGUCUCUCCCCCCUUCUUGGAGCUAUUUGUUUGGAACUGAUCCUGUUGAUGAAUUGUAUUAG